AAGCGUCACGUGACUCCCCUUCGGGCUCGUCCCCGCCUCUUUCCCUUCCCCAGGCCCGGGCGAGAGCCGGUUUGGACGGGAAGCUCCCGGCCCGGCGAACUAACUGGAGCACGGACGCCGCAGCCGGUUGGGCCGGUGCCCUUUCCCGCUCUGGAAAGGAAGAGAAAUGGAAGUGAGAAAGUUGAGCAUUUCCUGGCAGUUCUUGAUAGUUCUGGUUCUGAUCCUGCAAAUUCUGUCUGCGUUGGAUUUUGACCCAUACAGAGUCCUAGGGGUCAGCCGAACAGCCAGUCAGGCUGAUAUUAAAAAGGCUUAUAAGAAGCUCGCCCGGGAAUGGCAUCCUGACAAAAACAAAGAUCCUGGAGCAGAAGACAAGUUCAUUCAAAUCAGUAAGGCUUACGAGAUUCUUUCAAACGAAGAAAAGAGAUCAAAUUAUGAUCAAUAUGGAGACGCUGGAGAGAACCAGGGCUACCAGAAGCAGCAACAGCAGCGAGAGUAUCGCUUCCGCCAUUUCCACGAAAAUUUUUAUUUUGAUGAAUCCUUUUUUCACUUCCCUUUUAAUUCUGAACGGCGGGACUCAAUUGAUGAAAAGUAUUUAUUGCACUUUUCACAUUAUGUGAAUGAAGUGGUUCCAGAUAGCUUCAAGAAACCUUACCUCAUUAAGAUCACUUCGGAUUGGUGCUUUAGCUGUAUUCAUAUCGAGCCUGUGUGGAAAGAAGUUGUUCAAGAACUGGAAGAAUUGGGUGUAGGAAUUGGCGUGGUCCAUGCUGGGUAUGAGAGACGCCUGGCCCAUCACCUGGGGGCACACAGCACGCCCUCUAUCCUAGGAAUCAUUAAUGGGAAAAUCUCCUUCUUCCACAAUGCAGUUGUCCGUGAGAAUCUGCGACAAUUUGUAGAAAGUCUUCUUCCAGGGAACUUGGUGGAAAAAGUUACAAAUAAAAAUUAUGUCAGAUUCCUCUCUGGCUGGCAACAAGAGAAUAAGCCUCAUGUCCUUCUGUUUGACCAAAUGCCCGUUGUGCCACUGUUAUACAAGUUGACUGCUUUUGCAUACAAAGAUUAUUUAUCAUUUGGAUAUGUACAUGUGGGUUUCAGAGGGACAGACGAGAUGACGAGGCAGUACAACAUCAACAUCUACACCCCCACUCUCUUGAUCUUUAAAGAACAUAUCAACAAGCCUGCCGAUGUUAUCCAGGCCCGAGGUAUGAAGAAGCAAAUCAUUGAUGACUUUAUCGCCCAAAACAAGUAUCUGUUGGCAGCCAGGCUCACCAGCCAGAAGUUGUUCCAUGAACUCUGCCCUGUGAAACGGUCUCACCGACAGAGAAAGUACUGUGUGGUUUUAUUGACUGCUGAGACUACCAAGUUGAGCAAACCCUUUGAGGCUUUCCUGUCCUUUGCCCUGGCAAACACACAAGACACAGUGAGAUUUGUACAUGUCUACAGCAAUCGGCAGCAGGAGUUUGCCAACACCUUACUACCAGACAGUGAGGUGUUUCAAGGAAAAUCAGCGGUGUCUAUCUUAGAAAGGCGCAACACAGCGGGAAGGGUGGUGUAUAAAACCCUAGAAGACCCUUGGACUGGGAGUGAGAGUGAUAAAUUCAUCCUCUUGGGUUAUCUCGACCAGCUGCGUAAAGAUCCAGCUCUUCUGUCCUCUGAAGCAGUGCUUCCCGACCUGACCGAUGAACUUGCUCCUGUUUUUCUCCUUCGAUGGCUCUUCUCUGCUUCUGACUACAUCUCAGACUGCUGGGAUAGCAUAGUUCACAACAACUGGCGAGAAAUGAUGCCUCUGCUGUCCCUGAUCUUCUCUGCCCUCUUCAUCCUCUUCGGCACAGUCAUCGUUCAGGCUUUCAGUGAUUCGAGUGAUGAGCGAGAGUCAAGCCCUCCAGAUAAAGAGGAAGCCCAAGAGAAGACUGGGAAGACUGAGCCCAGCUUCACCAAAGAAAACAGCAGCAAGGUUCCUAAAAAAGGCUUUGUGGAGGUAACUGAACUCACAGAUGUAACAUACACCAGUAACUUGGUACGCCUGAGGCCGGGCCACAUGAAUGUGGUCCUUAUCCUGUCGAAUUCUACCAAGACCAGCCUACUACAGAAAUUUGCUUUGGAGGUCUACACAUUUACUGGGAGCAGCUGCCUACACUUCUCCUUCCUGAGUCUAGAUAAACACAGAGAAUGGCUAGAAUACUUACUAGAAUUUGCUCAAGAUGCAGCCCCAAUCCCAAACCAAUAUGAUAAGCAUUUCAUGGAACGUGACUACACUGGUUAUGUACUGGCCCUGAAUGGCCACAAGAAAUACUUCUGCCUCUUCAAGCCCCAAAAAACAGUCGAAGAGGAGGAAGCCAUGGGGUCAUGCAGCGAUCUUGACUCUUCCCUCCACCUGGGCGAAUCUCGAGGGAAACCUGCCUGUGGUCUUGGACCUAGGCCCAUCAAAGGAAAGUUGAGCAAGCUCUCCUUGUGGAUGGAACGCCUGCUGGAGGGCUCCUUACAGAGGUUUUAUAUCCCAUCGUGGCCUGAACUAGACUGAGAAGAUUUUCAAAAGGGAUUUGAACUCUUCAGACUUUUUAACAUGCCCCUGUGAACAGGUAUUUUUAGGACUCAAACGACCAUAAUGAACAGAGUAUAGAUUUUAGAUUGCUCUUCUAGAACCAUGGCUAGAAGAAUCUUUCCUUUGUCCUAUUCUAACCUAGGAAUGAAAAACACCACAAGUUUGAAUUCCCUAGAUCAAAAUCUUUUCCCCUGGGUUUUAUUUUCCUUGCCACACCAUUGAAAAUAGACUGCUCAUCCCCUCUUCUUUCUCAUCCUGGUCCCAUGCUCACCCCACCCUCUGUCCUGUGUCUUGGAGAAACACAGGGCUCCACCCGGCAAACGGCAUCUGGCGGACCCUCCUGAGCCUGUCUCGCAGGCCGGGUCAUUGGCCCCUUCCCCAGCCCCGGCCCGGCUAUGCUGCUGCCAUGGCGCAUGCUCUUAACCCUGAACAAACCACAGCAGCUUCUAGCCCCGCAUCUGGAAAGAGACCGCUUUCCAAGCAAUCUCACAUUUACUGGUUGUUCUGGGAGUAAUUGGCUAAAAGUAUAUUUGGGGGAUAUCUCCCCAACAACAGUUUGUUGGCCAGGAUUUGAAAAGGAAAGGAGUGAGCGGGCGUUCUGCAUGUGAGUUCACAAGAAAAGGAAAGGGAGGCUGUGCAGUGGCUGAAGCCACGCAGCUUUGAGAUGUGCUGUGAGCAUCGCAUCUGUUGCCCCAGCGCUGCUGGUGGCCAGGGGAGGGUCUGCACAGCAAGAAGUACUGUGAUGACUUUGAGCUGUUGACAUGUAUGUUUUCAGAUGCCUUUCUGCCUCUAUCGAUUUUAGGGUACGGAUAUUAGGAGCCAUAACUUGUAAUCUUGUUCUCUGAACGUAGAGAUAAGCUGCUAUAAAGCCAGUAGAUGUUAAA